CGCACCCUGCGCUCGACUCCAGCUGUCGGAAGCCUCRUCCUCCCCGCUAGAAGGGAUCGCUGUUCCGUGGCGCCACGUUUGGUUUGUACAGGCGCCUAAAUAUGAACGUCAAGAUCUCCAAAGAGCGAAUUAUUGGCAAGUGGGGCCUAAAGUCGGGCAACUCCAGAGCUGACAGCGGGCUCGAGAAGGGUAAGCAAGCGAGCGCUGCCCYCAGGAAAUCCGCGGAGGAAGUCGCCUCAGGGAAAGGCAAAAUGACGGACUCGGAGAGGAGCGGGUUCGUGCAGAAAAUACUUUUCCUUGAAAAAGAAAAAGAAAAAUACAACCAUCUUCUUGGAGAGAAGGACAGAGAAAUCCAAAACCUGGAAGACAAGCUUAGGUCCAAAACCAAGACUAGUGAAGUCUCCUUACUACAAAAUCAACUAGAGGAAAAAGCAAAAGAGGCAGAAAGGAGAGAACAGUUACUUUUUUCUCUAUCAGAAGAAAUUAACCAGUUAAAAUGUAAUUUAUCUGAAGUYCUAGCAAAAUGUGCUGAUCUUGAGAACAAAGCCAGUACUUCUCAGGCGUCCCAGGAAGGUGCAACAAACAGCACUGAAGUUGAAAGGCAAUUGAAAGAUGCGCUUGAGAAAAACCAGCAGUGGCUACUGUAUGACCAGCAACGGGAAGCCUAUGUCAGGGGAUUGCUUGGAAGGAUCUUUGAACUUGAACAGAAGGCAGAAAUAGUUAAMCAACAAGAACCUAAAUCAAAUUCAGAAGGUCAUCUACAAGAGGAAAAGCAAGAAUACUAUGACCAGCUCUUACUAACUGCUAAGAGUGAUCUCGAGACCGAAAGGCGCACUAUAACCCAGCUGAGAUCUGAACUGAAUGAAUUCAAAAAGACAUAUGAAGAAACACAAGGGGAAAUAAUGAGUUUAAAUGCCUUACUGCAGUCACAGCGGGUUGCUGAAAUGAAGACUCAAGAAAACGAAAAUAAAAUGAAAGAGAAAGCACAAAGACUCAAAGAAGAAAAUGAAACUAUCAAAGAACAGCUCAGAGAAGAAAAAGAAAAGUGUGAAGAUCUUUUAUGUCAGGUGCAACUUCUUCGUAAAUCAUUGCUCAGACAGGAGGCAGAACACACAAGAAUAGCUUUGYUGGAAAAGCAGAUCCAGAUAUGCACCACAGACUUAGAGAAUGGAAAGCUUGAUCGCCAGAACUUGGAGCAUCAGUUAAACCAAGUCCUCAAGGAGCUGCGCAAGGCCAGGGAGCAAAUWACGCGUCUGGAGCCUCUGAAACUCAGGGAAUCUGGAUACAUGGAAUCACAAGAAGAUUUGCAAGCUGUAUUUGACAAGAAGCUGACCACAUAUGACAGAAGUCCUCCCCUGAAACAUUCCAGCUGCCUCGAUGAAAGCUUUCUCGAGUGUCCCAUAUGUAAAGUGCAGUACCCAACGAGCCAGCAYAGAGAAUUACUAGCACAUGUUGACUUCUGUACGAUUUGAGCUCCAAAUGGACUUACUAUCUUUGCUCCAUAUAUGCUGCCAAUGUGCUUGGCAAAAGAUCUGUUUACAGCUUUUUUCUUACAGUUAUAUAAAGGACUGUUAACUUUAUAAUUCAGUUCCACAAAAACAUUAUUAAUAUUAUAAUAAUUUGGCCUCGGUAUGUUACCUCAUGUUUUUGCAAAACAGCUACUGCAUUUUCUGGUUGCAAACAAUUAUUUUUAGAAUUGAAAAUAUUUAAAAUAGUAAACUACUGACUUAUUUUUCUUUUUCUUUUUGCACUAUUAAAUAUAAGAACAAUAAAAGUACAAUUAUUGUGUCAGAGUAUAUUUUAGUGUUUUKUGUCCUUGGUUGGUGAAUUCUGAUGAUUGUGCUUGUACCUUAACUGACAAGAAUAGCUGCAAAAAAAUUUUGGCCCUCG